AUGGCGGCCGGUGACCGGUCAGGCCGGGUCACACGACUCUGCGGCGGCGGCCGACUGCUGCUGCUAGCCGCUGUGAUGGCUGCGCCCGCCCUGGCUGACGCCUGUCCCGUCUCAUGUCACUGCCGCUGGAAGGGUGGCAAAAAGACGGUGGAGUGCGUCGACCGCCAGCUCGAGUCGCUACCGACGACCGCCGAUACCGACACCCAGGUACUGGACAUCUCAGGUCACGCGCUGACCGAACUGGCGUCGCGCGCCUUUCAGCGGCACGGCCUGCUCGCGCUCCAGCGGAUCUACGUGUCCCGUGGAAGACUGGAGAGGGUCGGCCAGCGGGCGCUCAGUGGUCUGACGAAUCUGGUGGAGCUGGACCUCAGCGAGAACCGACUCACGGCCGUUCCCGGCGCCGCGCUGCGUGAUGUGCCCGCUCUCCGUCGGCUUAGUCUCAGUGGUAACCCUCUGGAGCGAAUUCAGCGUGGUGACCUAGGAGCAGUGCGAGAGCUCACCGCGCUGGAACUGGCGCACUGCCAGCUGCGCAUCGUGGAGAAGGGUGCCUUCGCCACGCUGCUGAGGUUGGAGAAGCUGCAGCUGCAAGGAAACCAGCUAACCACACUAGCUGCUGUGGACCUAUCGCUUCAUCUGCACAACGUUCAGCUGCAGAGUAACCUGUGGCACUGCAACUGUCGGCUUCGUGAGCUGCGACGGUGGCUGAGGCAGUACCCAGUACCACUGGCUGUGCCGCCACGCUGCUCUGCCCCUCGUCGCCUCUCUGGCCGCGCCGUGCACAACACCAGCGCUACGGAACUGGCCUGUGCACCCGACAUUCUUCCCUCCGACCGGCUGUUCGAGGUGUCUCUGAACAGCAGCGUGACGCUCAGCUGCGCCGCGGAGGCUGAUCCUGCCGCCGAACUCUCCUGGUGGUUCAAAGGCCACAUACUGAAAGACGACCCUGAAGGCGUGGACGAGCUCGGUGUGGAUGGUGGAGGAGCGGUGCGACGCAGUCAGCUAGUGAUCGCCAGUGCCGGGGAACACGACCACGGUGUGUUUCGGUGCCGCGCGGCUAACGCUGCCGGCGCCUCGACUGCUGAUUUCCGAGUGAGCGUGCUCCUGCCUCCCGACACCCGCAGCUCAGGCACCGCUCCGGCCAGUCGCUCACAUCUAGCUCUGCCUGUUGGAGGCUCGCUGGUGCUGCUGGCCGCCAGUGCGCUGCUGCUACUCGGCGCGCUGGCCGUCCGUCGCGGCCGUCGACUUCGACGCAGACGCAAGUUCUCUACCAGCCGAGACUCGGGGAGUGGGGAGAGCGCGGGGUCGCCGACGGGAGGCGGCGGAGGCCCGCUGGCACCUCCAGCCGGGUUCGGCGACGAACUGCCGGCACCGGCUGCGCUCAAGUGCGGACCGCCGCCGCGGUGGGCGGUCCCCGGCGGUCGCGAACAGCCGGGGGUGGCUCCGUCGGCCGUGUUCGCUGCCAGACUCGUGGCAGCUGAAAAGCCGGCCGACAGCCCCGACGAGGGAUAUGUCGAGUCUGUGCAGGACACGUGA